UAUCCCCGCGGGCGGAUGAGGCGCCGAGUGGUCCGCGUCCACCGGCCCAGCCGAGCCGCACGCCGACGCCUCUCGCGGCUCAAGGGCUCGCCUUGUCGGCACGCGGGCGCGGCGCACUAUUUGGGUUGCUGCGCGUAUAAGGAGGGGGCAAACGGCAAGGGCACUCGAAAAAUGUCUACCGCCGCGGGCUUCGCCAUUCGCUCCUCCGCCUCCGCCAUCGUCGGCAGCCUCGGCACCCCCGCGACGUCGUCCUCCAGCAGCUCCGCCUCUGCCCGCCCCAGGCUCAUCAGGAACGCGCCCGUCUUCGCCGCCCCAACCACCGUCGUGGUUUUCUAGCAGUGAUUAGCCACAAUUUGAAGCCGUGAGG